AUGCUCCAACAACCAUACUGUUCUACCGAGGUGGAGGCUAUAGAUUGCUGGACAGAAUGGUUUGACAGCAGCGAGCCCUCUGGAUCUGGAUCCACGGAAAAUUUUGCUAGAAUUGCAAGAAAAUACCCUGGAAAGAUCUGCCCAAAUCCAAUAGACAUUGAGGCCAGAACUCUGUUUGGACUUACUCCAGAGGCAGCAGGUGAUGUGAUUGAAAAGAGUAGUACAAAUUCGGGAUUCACCUGCAGAAGGAGGAACCAACCAAAUGGGCGAUGCAAUGAUUAUAAAGUUCGCUUCAGCUGCCCCCCUCCGUACUGUGCUGAAUUAGUUUGUUGGACCAAGUGGUAUGAUCGAGACCAUCCCAGCGGGUCCGGGGACUGGGAGACUUUGGGAAACUUGAGAGAUGAAAAUCCUGGAGAGAUCUGUGAGAAACCUCACUAUAUUGAGGUUGUUACCACUGACACGAUGACCCCAGCCAUCUACACAGGAGAGAACUUCCACAUAUACAAUCCAACCAGUGGAUUUGUUUGCCGGAAAGUGGACCAACAACGCAACAUCUGCAGGGACUACAAGGUUCGGUUUGGAUGCCCAUGUAAUCACUGA